CAGUGACAUCACCAGUGACAUCACCAGUGACAUCACCAGUGACAUCACCACUGCAGGUCGUGGUCCAGGAGGGAAAACUGGACCUGAUCAUGAACCCGGUCUUCCUCAAACUGAUCCAGGUCAAGUGGAACCUGUACGGCAGGUUGGGGGCGUGGCUAAGACUCAUCUUCAACUUCCUGUUUAACGUCUCCUGGACAACCGUCGCCAUCUCUGUCUCCGUCCACCGAGACUCACCUGAUCGCUACGUCCUGCCCAAGGACUGGUGGCGAGUCCUCCUGGUCGUCAUGGCGAUCCUGCUGACCCUGCUGGAGGUCUUCAGGGAGGUCCAGGACAUCCUGGUGUCCAGGAGGAAGCUCCGCCGGUGGAGACAGUGGGAGGAGCGUCGUCUCCAUGACGACCUGCGCUGCUGCCACCCCAUGUGGCCUCAGGAGAUCCAUUUCCUUCUGCAGCAGCUCAAACGGGUUCAGAGGACGAGAGGAAGCUACAGUCUGGACCUGUGGAACGUCUGUGAUUGGCUCGUCUACUGUCUCCUCAUCACGUCCUUCAUCGUCCACCUGGCCGACGUCUUCCACCCCGUGGACUUCCUGCACGUGCUCAGUCUGCGCCUGUUCUCCAUCACCGUCAUCUUCCUGUGGCUGCGACUCAUGAAGCACGUCAGGGCCUUCAGACUGAUGGGGCCGUUCAUCGUCAUGCUGGGGAACAUCGUGGGGGACGUGAUGCGUUUCCUGUUCCUGUACCUGGUGAUCUUCAUCCCGUACGCCUGCAGCUUCUGGAUCAUCUUCGGAGGCUCCGCCUCCGUUCCCAGCAUGCAGUCUGUGUCGGGGCUGCUGUUCAGCCUGUACCGCAUCACGCUGGUGGACGAGUACGAGUUUGCUGCCAUGGCAACGGUGGACGCCGUCAUGGCCCCGCUGCUCUGUGGGUCGUUCCUGGCAGCGUCCUCCAUCCUCUGUGUCAACCUGCUGGUGGCCCUGCUGACGGAGACCUUCCAGAGGGUGUACGAUAACUCGCAGGCUAACGCCGUGAUGCAGCAGGCCGCCGUCAUCCUGCAGCUGGACGAGUCCUUGCCCUGCCUCCGCCGUUUCUACGACAACCAGUACAUCUCCAAACACUGCUCCCCAUUGGUCGAUGACAUCACAGGAAGCUGCCGGCGGCACCAGGAGCUGGGCAGCGUCCCGGCCCAGAUCAAGGAGACUCUGGACCGGUUCCUGGUUCUACAGGGGGACCGGGAAUCAGAGACUCUGGACCGGUUCCUGGUUCUACAGGGGGACCGGGAAUCCGCCCCACGCUCACGAGUCCAGACCAUACCGGAGCAGAACCACGACAUCCAGGACCAGGAGCUGCAGAGACAGGAGCUCCAGGACCAGCAGAGACAGGAGCUCCAGGACCAGGACCAGUUCCAGGACCAGUUCCAGGACCAGCAGAGACAGAAGAGAAAACCUCGCUGGUCCAAGGCUCAACACGUCCUGCACCACCGACACUCAAGUGUGAGGGACGUCUAA